AUGAGCAACAUCAUGGAGUUCCGCAAGAAGCACAAGGACGCCGUCUUGAAGAAGCACGAUGUCAAGCUUGGCUUCAUGUCUGCCUUUAUGAAGGCCUCGGCCUGGGCUUUGCAGCAGGAGCCCGCUGUCAACGCUUUCAUCGACCCGGAUGGCAAGCACAUCCUGUAUCACGACUACGUCAACAUUAGCGUGGCUGUGGCUACCCCUCGCGGCCUUGUCGUCCCGGUCGUGCGCAACGUCGAGAAGAUGAGCUACGUUGACAUUGAGAACGAGAUUGCCAGCCUUGGCAACAAGGCUCGCAACGGCGACCUGGCCAUUGAGGACAUGGACGGUGGUACCUUCACCAUCAGCAAUGGUGGCGUGUUCGGCUCUCUCAUGGGUACCCCCAUCAUCAACCCACCUCAGUCUGCCAUUUUGGGUAUGCACGGCAUUUUUGAGCGCCCUGUUGCCAUCAACGGCAAGGUGGAGAUCCGACCCAUGAUGUACGUUGCGCUGACGUAUGACCAUCGUCUCAUCGAUGGCCGGGAGGCCGUUACCUUCCUCCGCAAGGUCAAGGAGGCCGUUGAGGACCCCCGCGUCUUGGUGCUGGAGUAA